UAUAUCUAGUGUCAGAUUUCCAUGGAACAUGUCCAUAGUUAAAGAGAUGAAAUACAUCUGUGGUUAUUCUGCUAGGACUUAAAUAAAAAAAUUAAAAAAAUAGUUUAGGUACUAAAAUAAACUGAAAAUGUUAUUUAAUUUGAUCACUAAGCAAUAACAUCCAAACAAACAUUUAGUGUGAAUGUUUGACUCAUCAAUGUGUCAUUAGGGGGAUUGCUUGCCACAUAUAUGCAUCUAAAAUAAGCUUUAACAUUUAAGUUCAGUCAAGCAACAUCUUAAAGAAGCAUAUCUUCAAACAUGUUAAACAUUUUAAUGAAUGGACAUUUGCUGCCGUCAUCUGUAUGACUAAUGCAUCUCCAGUGAAUCGAUGCUACUGCAAGUAAAAAAAAAAAACACACAUGCAGAUUUGCUGCAAAAGCUAUCAGUAUUGAUCAUUUAAUUUUGCAGUAUUGAAACUUAUUUGCAAAAGCAAGCAAACAUAGUGAAGAUUUAGCCUUCAGCACCCCAUCUAGAGGUCUGAUACCCAAAAUCAUUAAGAUCUUUCUUGGCAGUUUGUCAGUGUCAGUUCCAGGAAAUCAGGACAAUAUGACAAAUCAUCAACCUCAUCUCAAUCAAGAUAUUUUGUGAGUGCACCGUUACCAGCCAAUGAACGAAGAUUAGCUUACGAUGCAAAAAGGAAGCUUGGUUGUCAAGUCUUGUCUUUCUGAGAGUAUAUAUACACAGCAUUCAGCAGUGGAGGAAUCAGGUCCCUCUAGAUUCAGACAAACAAAGCCUUGAGAAACCCAAGCAGACAGACAAAAUGAAGACUAUACUACUGCUUGCUUUUGCUGUCUUGGUCUCCAGCAUUCCUUUGGAAAAGAGCGAUAAGAAAUUAUUGGGAGAGCUUAUUGAUGAGCUAAACAGUGAAGUGAAAAGAUUGUCAGAGAAUAAGACAAAUGAAACCUACGUGACCGACCUGCAAAUGCAUAACUGUAAGAGUGUGUUUUUCUGCCAGGCCGAACAAGAACUGUUAAAGGAGGUUUCUGGACGGUCUGGUGCCGAAUUUGACCAUUUCCGUACUGACAAGAAACUAAUGAGGAAUUUACACAAGUAUAACCAGCACCAUGUGGAAACCUGCAAACCUGCUCUUAAAGACGAAGAAAUGACUCUGCUUGAUUUCUUGAAAAAUCUCUUGACAUGUGCUAGGCAUGUGAAUGGACAAAAGUCAAAUUAAUUUAUGAAGGAUCAAAAUUAUUAUAUUUUUUUACAUUGUCUGUAGCAGUAUGUAAUUUUGUACCUGAAAUAAAUUUGCAUAAAUAUAUUUUUUCAAUCUUAAA